GGCGGAGACCAGGUUGGUUGGGCUGGUCCUGGUGUGGCACUAGGCUCUCCCCAGACUCUCUGUGCCUCUCCGGGAGUCGGGCUCCACUCUGGUCCUCGUCUAGCUCGAGGCCAGGUGACCUCUGCUAGCCCCUCCCAAUCUUGAGGGGCACGAGACCUUUCUACCUCGCUGCUCCUCCGGACCCUACGAGGGUGCUAGCGCACGGCAGACCACUUUGCCUCUGGGACUAGGCUUGGGAGUUCCGUGCUCCUGUGCCCUCUCCGCACCGCGCGGCGCACUCACCAUGGCUCUCCCCCGGGUUCUUGCGCUCUGGUUGCUGCUCGCGGCCACGGCUGUAUCGAUGAGCUGGGCUGGGAAAGCUUGUAUCUGUGAAACAAAUAAGCUAACAAACUGCACUGAAAUAUCACCUGAUGAGUGCCAGUGUCAGGCCAUUGGUUCACCAAAUAUAGUCACCUGUUCAAAACUGGCUUCAAAAUGUUUGUUGAUGAAGGCAGAAAUGACUAAUUCAAAGAGUGGGCGGAGAAAAAGACCAGAAGGAUCUUUUAAAGAUAAUGAUGGAAUAUAUGAUCCUGAUUGCGAUACACAUGGUCACUUCAAACCUCGCCAGUGUAAUGGCACUGCCCUUUGCUGGUGUGUGAAUACAGCUGGAGUAAGAAGAACAGAUAAGGAUACUGAAAUAUCAUGCAGUGAACUAGUAAGAACAUAUUGGAUCGGCAUUGAACUGAAACACAAAACAAGAGAGAAACCUUUUGAUAGUACCAUCUUAAAAAAUGCCCUCAUAAAGGAAUUUGAGCGUCGUUAUCAGCUGAACCAGAAAUAUAUCAAAGAAAUUACGUAUGAGAAUGAUAUUAUCACUAUUGAACUGAUGCAAAAUGGUACCGAAAAGAGAUCCAAUGAUGUGGACAUAGUUGACGUGGCUUAUUAUUUUGAGAAAGAUGUAAAAGGCGAAUCUCUCUUUUAUUCCAGUAAACUUAAUCUUGACAUAAAUGGUGAAAUGCUUGACCUGGAUCCUGCUCAAACUUUAAUCUAUUAUCUGGAUGAAAAGGCACCUGAAUUUUCAAUGCAAGGACUACAAGCUGGUAUUAUUGCUGUCAUAGUAGUUGUCGUUCUAGCACUUGUAGCUGGCAUUGUUGUGUUGGUUAUGUCCAGGAAGAAAAGGAAGACAAAAUAUGAAAAAGCUGAAAUAAAGGAGAUGGGUGAAUUUCACAGAGAACCUUCCGCAUAACUACCAAAAUGGAAAGACAUCAAGAAGAAAAAAUAGAUCUUGAUACUGGAUAUGUGGCCAUGGAAAAAAGGAAGUCUUGCCAGAUUAAUAUGUUUCUAGGAACCACUAUAGCCAAGGGUUCAGAAAUGCAGAAUGAGCGUAGAUUGUUAAGAAGUGGGAUUUAUUAAUUACUCAAGAUUAUGAGUAAUUCAAAAAUUUUGGCUAUCCAUAUCUUAAAAAGUUGAGCCACUACAAAUUAUUCAAAUAUACAUUUUCUUACUCAAAAACUAGACAACAGGAGUUUAAGCAGAUGCUUAUGACAUGAAAAUUAAUACUUUAAAUAUAUUUCCAUGAUAGGAUUUUAAUUUCACACUUUUAUUUGUAAAUGAAAGCUUAACUUUUAGUAAUGUUUUUUGUUUGUCUUGUACAUAUUUUUUGUUUUGAAUUUCCUUAGUUUUUUUAUGAACCAUGAGAUAAACAAAGUUGUUCAAAAUUGAAUAUCCCAUUUUUUAUUUAUCUGAAAUCAAGGUAUCAAUUUCUACAAAGUACCAACUAGUCUUAAGCUACUGGAUAAUUUGUAAUAUUCAGACAUCUGAAUGUCAGAAAUGAAUGAUAUAUUUCAUGGACUAACUGAAGUUUCUCCUCUAUGCGAUAUUGCUUUUAUUUAAAACAAAAGUUAAAAUUAUGUUAAAAAAAAAAAAAAGGAGUGAGAAAGAAUGGGAAAUGAACCUUGGGGAAGAACUUAAGGGGAAGAAUUUUUGAGACAGAAAAACUUGAUAAGUGAUUUCAAAUGAGUGAUUUAUUACAUUAAAAUUUCUUCAGAUUUUUGUUACUAAACAUUUCUGAUGAAAAGAACAUAGCUGACUCCCCAAAUACCCAGAGUAGAUUGUCUAAAUUAUAGAUAUCCUUAUGUAUUUUGUUUUUGCUCUCAGAUUUUUUUUUAAAACGAGAUACUUCAGUAUCUUCCAUGAGGAUAGCAAAGUAGGUUACAUUUAAUUUAAAAUGAGCUGUGUUAUAAAGAGUCAUUUGUAUGGACUCUGAAGUGCCAGAUCUUGGAUUCAAAUUCUGCUUUUUGACAACUGUGACAUUGAGCAAGUCACUUCAUUUCAGAACUUUUUCUUUGUUUAUAGUAACUGACACACAGUAGCCCUUAAAUGUUUAUUAAUUGAUUCCUUUGUAAAGUGAGGCUUUUGAACCAAAUGACCUCUAAUGUCCAUUUUAGCUGAUAAUUUGGUACUUUAAGCCAAUUUUUCUACUUGUAACAGCUUUUUACAACCUUGGGUAUUAGGUAUACAAAAUAAGUAGGCAAAUCAGACAUUUACUAAUAAUAAAUCAUAAUUUUUGUGACACCCCCACAUUCAGUUACAUGCCACAUGGGUCAAACAAGUUGAACACAGAAUAUAUCUAUUAACAUUCGUUAAAUGGUAGUGGAUUUAACCCAAAUACUAUCUGGUUAGUCACCAGGGUUGGGGAGUUCAAAGAGCUUUUAAUCUAUCAAGUAGAAAAUCAGAGAUAGCUGUAACUCUGAAACAACUGGAAUUACUUUUAUUUUUAUUGUAUGCCCUGUGUGUAACAGAAUAUAACAAUCAAUUAGCACACCACCAAAUUAAGGACGAAAGCCACCAACCUUAUAAUGACAUAACUAAAUUUCAAUUUAUUCAUUCCUUUAUCAGUUAACAUGAAAUUUCCAAAAAGUUGUUAGUAAUAACAUUUAUACAAAUUUUAAAAGUUACAGAGUAACCUCUUUCCAGUUAUUUGAAGUAGAUGGUAUGAGCAUCAUUUCAAUUUUAAAGAUGAGGAAAUGGAUUAACCAUAUUAAUAGGACUAAGAACCCAUUUCUGAUUCCAAGUAGGGUAUUUCUAUUAUAUUGCCUUAAAAAAAAAAAAAACCUACCAGUUUGAGAAGAUAAUUCACCACUAGUCAUUCCUUAUGUACCCAGCCAUAAACAAAGUACUUCAACUUAUCUACCUUGUUAUGCACUCCAAAAACAGUUUAGUCAAUUUUUGUAUUGCUAUAUGAAGGGUAUCUCAUCAAAUAAAAUGUUAACAAAAA